AGUGAGUUUAGUUGAGUUAGAGCGGCGGCGGCGUGAAGGCUGGAGCCAAGCUGCUGCUUCCCUGCGCUGCUUCCCUCCUGCGUCCCCCAAAUGCUGCUGCUGCUGCUGCUGCAGUCUGCUGCACUGGUCCCGGCGGCGGCGAGUCCUCGCGCACGCGGAGCGGAGAGCUGAGAUGAAGCCGGACUCUGAUUGGCUGUGACUGUGACUGUUUUUUUUAAGCCAUUUUCAUUCAAAGCGGGUGUGUUUUUUGUGUGUGUUUUUUCUUUUUUUUGUUUGGGUUGUUUGCUGCCCACGAUCAUCAACAUGGCAGAGGCGUCCGUGUCACCAGGAGCAGCAGCAGCAUGGGCAGCAGCAGCAGCAGGGGCAGCAUUAGGGACCAGUGCAAAAAUGGCGUCACUGAUCCGGGUGCGAGCCGUGACUGUGAUUUUCCUGACCGUGGGCGCUUGUUUAGUCACCCCGACUCAGGGCAAGGAAAGCGGGGGGGAGGAGACGGUGAUCAUCGGCCUGCGCCUGGAGGACACGGACGACAUCUCGUUCAUGGACAGGGGCUACCUGCGGGUCAGCGAGAGGUCGCGUGUGCGGCUGCGCGUCUACGGGCAGAACAUCAACAACGAGACGUGGUCCAAGAUCGCUUUUACGGAGCAUGAGCGGGGACGGGCCGUGGCAGCCGGUGGGGCGGGUGGAGGUUCCGGAGGCGGAUCUGGUGGCGGGAGUUUGGACAACAAGAGCCAGGAGCAACAGCAGCAGCAACAGGAGGAGCAGAACCAGAACCAACCACCAUCAACGCACCACCAGCACCACCAUCACCCAUGCGGGAUCCGCACCUCGGACAUCCUCAUCCUGCCCAACAUCGUGCUGAACCGCAAGACCUCCGGCGUGGUGGAGAUCGAGGUGAAGCCCCUGCGCAAGACGGAGCGCAGCAAAGCCUACUACCUGUGCAUCGCCACCUCCACGUCGGCCGGUACGCACGACCCGUGGACGGAGAGCACGUGGAUCUACCACGAGGGCGAGGACACCAAAGUGAUCGUGGUGGAGGAAAGGAAGUUCCUGCUGCCUUUCUGGCUGCAGGUCAUCUUCAUCUCCAUGCUGCUCUGCCUGUCGGGCAUGUUCAGCGGUCUGAACCUGGGCCUGAUGGCUCUGGACCCCAUGGAGCUGCAGAUCGUGCAGAACUGCGGGACCGAGCGCGAGAAGAAUUACGCGCGCAAGAUCGAGCCGGUGCGCAGCCAGGGCAACUACCUGCUCUGCUCCCUGCUGCUGGGCAACGUCCUGGUGAACACCACCCUCACCAUCCUGCUGGACGACAUCGCCGGCAACGGCCUGAUCGCCGUGGUCAUGUCCACCAUAGGCAUCGUCAUCUUCGGCGAGAUCGUCCCGCAGGCCAUCUGCUCGCGCCACGGCCUGGCGGUGGGCGCCAACACCAUCUUCCUCACCAAGUUCUUCAUGCUGCUCACCUUCCCCGCCUCCUACCCGGUCAGCAAGCUGCUCGACUACCUGCUGGGCCAGGAGAUCGGCACCGUCUACAACCGCGAGAAGCUGCUGGAGAUGCUGCGCGUCACCGACCCCUACAACGACCUGGUCAAGGAGGAGCUCAACAUCAUCCAGGGCGCGCUGGAGCUGCGCACCAAGACGGUGGAUGACGUGAUGACGCCGCUGCGCGACUGCUUCAUGAUCGCCAGCGACGCCACGCUCGACUUCGGCACCAUGAGCGAGAUCAUGGAGAGUGGCUACACGCGCAUCCCCGUCUUCGAGGAGGAGCGCAGCAACAUCGUGGACCUGCUCUUCGUCAAGGACCUGGCCUUCGUCGACCCGGACGACAGCACGCCGCUCAAGACCAUCACCAAGUUCUACAGCCACCCGCUGCACUUCGUCUUCAACGACACCAAGCUGGACGCCAUGCUGGAGGAGUUCAAGAAAGGUAAAUCCCACCUGGCAAUAGUUCAGAGAGUCAACAAUGAGGGGGAAGGAGACCCGUUUUACGAGGUGCUCGGGAUUGUCACCUUGGAGGACGUUAUAGAAGAAAUAAUCAAGUCUGAAAUCCUGGACGAGACAGAUUUAUACACGGACAACAAAACAAAAAAGAGAAUCACCCAUCGGGAGAGGAAGCAGGAUUUCUCGGCCUUCAAGCCUACAGACAAUGAAAUGAAGGUUAAAAUAUCACCUCAGCUUCUACUGGCUACUCUGCGUUUCCUAGCAACAGAUAUAGAACCGUUCAGCCUGGUCCAGAUAUCUGAGAAGAUCCUCCUGAGGUUACUGAAGCAUCCCAACGUCAUCCAGGAGCUGAAAUUCAACGAUAAAAACAAGAAGGCCCUGGAGCAUUACCUCUACGUCCGCAACAAGCCUGUGGACUACUUCGUCCUCAUCCUGCAGGGAAAAGUGGAAGUGGAGGCGGGGAAGGAUGGGAUGAAGUUCGAAGCUGGCGCGUUUUCAUCCUACGGGAUGAUGGCCCUCACUGCUUCUCCAGUGCCUCUCUCCCUUUCUCGCAAUUGUGUGGUCAGUAGGUCUGAGUCACGUGCAGGAUCUCCAGAGAACAAGUCUCCUCCCAGGCCGUACGGACUGAACCACUCGGACUCUCUGAACCGGAGCGACCGCAAUGAAGUCAUUAACCCCCCACUGGGCAGCAGCAACAACCAGCUCAACUCCUUUCUGCAGAUCUACGCGCCGGACUACACAGUCAGAGCCAUCACAGACCUGCUAUAUGUCAAGGUGACUCGUCAGCAAUACCAGAAUGCCCUGAUGGCUUCGCGUAUGGACAAGACGCCGCAGUCAUCGGAAAGUGAGUACACCAAAAUCGAACUGACUCUCACCGAGCUCCACGACGGCAUGGCCGAAGAGACGGCCAUCCUCCUCAACCAGACGCAGAACUGCGUGGCCCACAAGAAGACAAACCACACGGUGCACAACGAGGGCGCCGUCUAGCCCCCACCGGGGUGGCCGGGCGGAGGGUUACGGAAGGGCGAGAAAAGAAGGCGCUUGUUUUUUUUUCCACCCCCUGAUCCGUCCCCCGCCACCCCCUGUAACAGUUGGACUCAGAGCUGCAACGUACUGCUCAGCAGCACCUGGGUUUUCCUGACCCCGUAUAAGACUGGGACAGCUGGUUCAGUUCCACAUAAACCCUGCUGUGUGCCUGUCCACCAGACCAAAGAGUUUGGAGCUUGGACACCCUCCCCUUCCGUGUAAAGGCCACGAGCCUACCGCUCGACUGUCCCAUCUAAGGUGCCGGGAAGGAUUGUGGGAUAGCGGAAGACCACAGACUCAAAAAAGGACCAUUUUUUUUCUCCGUUGGCCGAUACUGUCAUAUGGUGAGUCAAAGACUGUGCCAAAUACUGCUUUGAAGGAAACCAUGAACCCAAGAGCAUUUUCCUCCUGUAUUUAUUUAUUUUAUAAGUCUAUUGUAUAUAACAAACACACACAUUCACACACACACACACUCAUUCACACAGACACACAUGCUGUAUAUGUAUAUAGAAUUGAGAAGCAGUUAAUGCAGCUUCUUUGACUAUUCAGACAAAAUACUUUCAGCACAUCCUAAUGCACCUUUCAUGACAACAAAAUAAAAAAAAAAGGAAAGUCAUCAACCUACAAAAAUAUAACUUUUUGGCCACAGUCACCAAAGCUAAAUAUCCAUUUCAUGGAAAGAACACCUUACCAACUGUGAAGCAUGGUGGUGGAUGUAGCAUUAAUUUUAGGGGUUAUGCUGCCUCCGGUGCCAAUGGCAAUAUUGCACAGGUGAAGGGAAAAAUAUAUUUAAAUCUAGAAGAAAUACAACUGGAGGUUUUAAAAUGACCCUCACAGUCCCCUGAUCUAAACAUUUACAUCAAAAACAAAAUGUUCGUAAAUGUAUAGAACUUUACCCUUCAAAAAUACUCUAUACCAGAAGAUGAAGAUUUGACAUGGGCUUUUUUCUUUUCUUUUCUUUGGUGCUAAAAUUGCUUAGACAGGGUGGAGUCAUGUGACUUUACAUUCAGUAGUAUAUUUUAUUAAGAGGACAGUACAUGAACACACACAGUGUGUUAUUUACAUUCUUGAUUAAUUUUUUGACAAAAUUACAGCAGAUUCAAGGUUCUGAAUGCUGUUUUUGAUCCAUAUUUCAUUUAAGGAAAUAUGGACUACGUAUGGACUUUGUAAGGUGUCUAAAUAUGUAUUUAGCUUUUUGACCAGACAGAAUUUUUUGUCUAAACUUUCCUAAAUUUACUUCUUUUUUUUUUUCAUAUAAAAAAAUAAUGAAUAGAAUGCAAAAGUGCGAUUGAUAAACACAGUUUUCGAAAUUGUAUCUCAGGGCAGGUCCCCGAGAACAAAUUCACCAAUAUUUUGUCCUGAACUUGUUUGUUUGCCAAGGUUUUAUUUUAGCCCUCAUUCCUCUCAUCCACUCAUAUUUAUUUUUACAUCCACCCAAGCCAUAGAGUUUAGACAUUUGCCAAACGUCCUGUUUGUUGUUUUUCAUCCCUUGUUCUUUCCAAUUUAGCUGCACAACCUCCUUUUUCAGUAAAAAUGGUUUAUUUUACUAUGAUAUGACAAAAUAGCUGUGCAUUAGGGUUUGCUGAAUAUUUACUUUACCAGUGAAGGUUUGGACACACCUUAACUUAAGUGUUUUUUCAUUAUUUAAAGAUGUUCAGCAUUGUUGAUUAAUACUAGAGUCAUCCAAACUAUGAAGAAAAACAUGCAGAAUUAUUUAGUAAACAAAACAAUUAUUAAACAAACCAGAAAAUGUUUUAUGUUUUACAUUCUUCAAAGUAGCACCUCCUGCAUAGAUGACAGCUUUGCACAUCCUGAGUUAAUUACUUAAAUUUCUUGCCCUCUUAAUGUGUAUGAGAGUAUCAGUUGUGUUGUGAAGUGUCAGUCAAUCUGAAAAAUGUCAAGAACUUCUCAAGUGCAGUUGCAAAGACCAUCAAAAACAUUAUGAUGAAACUGGCACUCAUCAGGACCACCCCAGGAAAGGAAGACCAAGAGUUACUUCUGUUGCACAGGAUAAGUUCAUCAGAGUUACCAGCCUCAGAAACCGCAAAUUAAUAUCAACCCAGAAUAGAUUUGGUUUGUUUAACAACAUCAUUAACAACAUCAUUAUGUGUUCCUUCAUAGUCUGACUUAAGUAUUAAAAACACUGAAUGAGAAAGUGUGUCCAAACUUUUGACUGGUACUGUGGAAAGUGAUAUACAGUGUUUUAUAUUUAUGAUUAGCUACAGAGGCAGUUCAUUUACUACUUCUCAAUUCAAAUAAACAAAAACACAACAAAAUGUGUCUACUGGCAGACGUGCCCAAACGUCCACAUACCGCUGUAUAUAUUUAUAUAUAUUAAAUCUCUAUAUAUAUACAGAAAACAUGACUGUGGAUAUAAUUAUUAUUAUUAUUAUUAUUAUUAGCACAUGCCAAGAACACACUUUGUAAAAUUCAUGUGUGUACUGUAUAUGUGUGUACAUGUGCCUUCGCGCGUAUGGAUGUUAUACCAUGCACAUGCCGGCUAUAUAUAAUACAUUGCUGUGUGUGUACUGGUGAGGGUCUUUUACAUAUAUGUAUAUUGCAGAUAUUGUUAUUUUUACUAUUCUAAAUCAGGCAUAUGGUACAGAACAUUUUACACCUUUUUAUCACAUUUUGCCUUUUAAAAAAUCAUAUUAAUUUUUUUAACAAGUGCAAUGAACCAUAUUCUAUUUAAAAGAUGAUCUAUUGAGAUGUAUAUACAUAAUAGAUAUGAUCUAUUAUGUAUAUAUACAGUUCUUGGAAAAAUUAAGAGACCAUUUCAGUUUCUGAAACAGUUUCUCUGAUUUUGCUAUUUAUAGGUUUAUGAACAUUGUUGUUUUAUUCUAUAAACUUUGGACAGCAUUUCUCCCAAAAUUACCAAUAAAUAUAUUGUCAUUUAGAGCAUUUAUGUGCAGAAAAUAAGAGAUGGCUACAAUAAUUUAAAAAAAGAUGCAGACCUCAAAUAAUGCAAAGAAAACAAGUUUAAAUUCAUAAAGUUUUAAGAGUUCAGAAAUCAAUAUUUGGUGGAAUAACUCUGGUUUUUAAUCACAGUUUUCAUGCAUCUUGGCAUGUUCUCCUCCACCAGUCUUACACACUGCUUUUGGAUAUCUUUAUGCCUUUACUCCUGGUGCAACAAUUCAAGCAGUUCAGCUUGGUUUGAUGCUUGUGAUCAUCCAUCUUUCUCUUGAUUAUAUUUAUCAUUUUAAGUGGUCUCUUAUUUUUUCCAGAGCUGUAUAUAUGUGUGUGUGUUGUAAAUUAUAGAUAUAUUUGUAUGCAUUCACUCAAGUCUCAAGUUUUGUGUUCAGUCCCAAAUGUGUUGUGUAAUCUCUGUUUCACCAGCAGCGUGCCUAUAAACAAAAAAGAGCCUAAUUUAUUUGUAUCCCUGCCUCCUUCGCGUGGGAUACGAGCGUGCGGCUAAACGCAGCCCAAUCAACUGAAAGAUUCUAUUACUAUGCAUUCUGUGUGUAAGUGAUUCCUAAUUGCCUUGAUGGUCGCAUACAGUGAACUAGCAACUACUUGCUUAUACCUACAUGACAACAGCAACUGCGGCUUUUAAACCAUUGCGCUGAUGGUUUAAAACCAUUUCACAUUAAAAAGACUCUAUAAAGACUCCA